AGGGUGUUUAGCAUCCAUAAUUUGACGCCCGCGCAGUGCCGCGACCUCAUUCAGUACGCAAGGGAGAAAGGGUAUCUCGAGCCGCAAAAACGAAGUAAGCUUGCUGAUGCUGGUGCUGGUGCUGGUGCUGGCGAUGGUGCUGCGAUUAAAGGGAGAUGCUAACAAGGACAGUUUGCUGUUUCGACAUUUUCCGCUAUGUUUUUUUUUCCGGCCUUGAGAGACUGGACCCCCUCCUGGACAUCUUGCUCUGCCUGCUCAGCCCGAUCUGGAAGUUUCUAUUGUCCGCCUUCCAGACGCUCAAGGCCGGUCCGGGCGCCCUCGUCCAAGGUGUCUCAAACCGCGUAGUCGGCGCCUACGAGACCAGCGUCGACGUCAUCGAAGUGCUGAAACUGCUCACAGACGGGCCGUACGGCCCUGUAGCCGUCGCCUUCGUGGGGCCGUUCAUAGGCAUCUUGUUCAUGGGCACGUUGUACCUGAUCGGGAUCGGCGCCGUCAUCGCAGCCACGUAUUCGGCCUUGACGGCCAAGGCCGUCCGCGCCGCCCCGAGCGCGAUCAGAUACGCGUUGCACAACACGCACGGCGCGUACGCGGACCUCGAAGCCGAGUACGAGAUCAAGAACGCGAUCCUGGCGAUUGGCUACCCGCUGCUCAGGUUCUCUGUCCGCGACGCUCUGACUGGCCUCCGAGGCCGGCUGUACGGGCCCUACACGUUCUUGUACGCGCUGCUGAAGUCGUGGGGCACAGUCGUCGCGCUCGUCCUGCUGCUGCUGCACUUCUUCAACCCCUUCACCGCCGUGCCGUCCGUGCCCAGCUGGGAUGCGCCGCGCAGGAUCAAGAUCAAGAUGGCGCCGUUCCGCGUCCCCGAUUCCUGGUCCCAGUACGACUACGACGUGUCGAGCCUGCGCGCCGCCUUCACCUACGACAUGGGGAUCCUGGUCCUGCAAGCGCUGGCCGUCCUCGGCAGCGGCAUGGGGCUGGUCCUGCUCUUCCGAAAUGUCGACAUCGGCGCCGCAAGCACCCGGCUGCGCAGCCAGCUCCCGACGUCCGACUUCCUCUUCGGGCGAGAAGGCGUGCUCUACACGAUCGGGGCGGCCGUCCUUGCCAUCAGCGGCGCCCUGUUCGCGCUGUCCAACUUCUUCCCCAUCGUCGACUUGCUCGUCGCCAUCGCCUUCGCGCUCAGAGACAUCUUCCUCGACGUGUACGACUCCGUCCGCGACGCCAUCGCCGCGCAUCCGCUGUGGUCGCUUAGCGCGGCCUUCGUCGCCGCGUACCACGGCCUCAACUGGUACACGGCCCGGAACCCCGAGGUCGUUGCGGCGUACGAGAGGGCCAAAGCGGCGGCCUGGGCGUGGGCGCGGAGCGCCUUCGACCAGUUCGUGCGGUUCCUUAAGUGGGCGUGGUAUUGGUACUGCUUGGUCUCGCCCGUCGUUGCGCUUGUGAGCCUUGUGGUUAAUUUUUUCUUGGCGAGGCAUGUCGUCCAGCUUGAUAAGAGUGUUGCCGAUUGCAUUGAGGAGCAGGUGCGGAGGCGGCAGCAAAGGCGCGCGGCGGAGGACUAUUUGAUUUAGUUGCG